UCGUUGACUGGUGGAAAGCCUGUCAUGGACAAGCAUCGGACAAUGGUCAAAGAGCCUCCCAUUGGUCAGAUGUGUGACGGUUGAACUUGACAGGUAGAAGCCCGGGAUUAGCGGCGUGUGACCAAGAUCAGAUGGGUCUGUGAUCUUCCCGGCUCAUUAAUUGAUCCAUGCUACUGGAGACUCUGGGUAAUGCUGGCUUCUAUGGACUAGGAUAAAUUGCUCUCGAAUUCUCGACAUCAAAUCACUUCAGCUUUGAGCUUCAACCUGUAAACAACUGUACGAAACAUCGUCUGCCAUUGAACAUUAUAUAACUGAAAUAUUUCGAUCGUUAACCUACCUGGCGUUAUGGCUACUCACACUUCCAAGUACUUACAGCUCCCCAGUGCUAGCUCGUGUGAUAUUGGCAAACCAAGUCCAUUGGCCAUGUUAGCUGCAACUUGUCGAAAGAUUGGUACAUCACCACGUGUGUCAUCUCGUCGAGUACUUAGUCUGAGGACAAAGUCACCACAACCUAAAAACAUGUCCAUGCCGAACACAUCUGUUUCUACAUCGUCCUGUUCGUAUCUUCCACCUACACCACCACCGUCACCACCCAUGCAGAUCGCUGUGACGUCACCAUCAUUAUCACCAGCUCUGUCGAUGUCGCCUCAGCCGCUACCACUCCGAUCAGUUAGCCCGGUCAUCACUGGGCACCAGCCAUGCUACUACCCUCUAUACCAACCUGUCAUGCGGUACUCUCCUUACUCCACAACACCUCUAUCAAGACCAGGAGUUCAACCCUCAUCAGUGAGCUACCACUCAGCUACCACUCCAUAUUCUCCGUGUACUCCUUUGAUGAUACCAACGUUCAACCACACGGUUCUACAUCCUCAUUCAUCAUCGUCAUCAUCCAUGUUCGGUGUCUAUCCUCAUCACGAUCAACCCGUUCACGCUACGAUGUCGUCAAUGAAGGUCCGUCACACAAGGAAUCGUCGAUCAUAUCAGCCCGUUGUCAAGGAUGAGGAGGACAUCAUUGACGUCGUGUCGAUCUGAAACUGGACUUUCAAUUGAAAAUUGUAUUGCAAACCUGGACUAAUUUGACAUUUCAUGUUGCAUAUGGCAAAUAUUCAUUUAUUGUAAUAAAUCUCUGAAAGAAAACGAA